AGUAGCUCGGCCGCCUUCGCAGGCGUGCUGACACGUCCGAGAUGUGAGGCUCCCAUUUUGGUACACACAUCUAGCAACUCGUCCUUUCCACCAACGGGAUGGGACCAAACUCAAACGCUACUCCAUAAUUUAUUUGAGACGCCAUGGCUGUACGGAAAAGAGGUUUACUCAUUUUAUUGUUCUGUGUACUCAACACUGGAAACGCGGACGAUGAGACCGAGAUCUUCGACGUCCUGACCGUGGUGAGGAACGACCAACUGCCAGAUGGUAUUAGUCGGAUCCCGGGCCGUUGCCAACCACCUUACACUCCUGAGGACCAGUACACAGGAUACAGCUUCAAUGAAAACGCUACAUUGCACCAACUGUCGGCCGGCAUGUUCUACAAUACUUUCCCUGAGGAUUUCUCCAUUUUGACCGUAUUACGACUGCCAAAUAAAGAUCAAAACCCAUUGUUCGUGCUGUACUCUGACGCUGGUGAUGAGCAACUCCAACUAGUGGUGGGACAAAUGAUCGAGCUGUAUUAUGAAGAUACGCGCGGAGAUCCUCAAGAUCACGAGAUGCUCACAUUCAGGCAAAGCGUCUCCGACGGAAGAUGGCAUCGAGUAGCUCUCAGUGUCAAAGGUAAUUCGGUGACACUGCUGUUGGACUGUGAGGUGAAAGAGACUGUCCCCCUAGACCGCAAACAAGGGAGUGCCUUCAACCUGGCCGGCGCAUUGGUUGUCGGCAUGCAAGUUACUGCAGACCAAUACUAUGAAGGUGAUAUCGAAUUAUUGCAAUUUUCAAAUAAACCAGACACAGCAUUCGAUAUGUGUACCACAGUAGCGCCUAAUUGUGUUGGUAUGAGGAGUGCGCAAGAUUCUGCAUCUUCAGGUAUUUUGGGACAAGAAAAUGCAUAUUCUGAAAUAGAACGAAUCCAUCAGACAGAUAUCCAGUUGCCCGAUACCACUGUGAUUCCAAAUUUAAACACUUUGGCGGAUGAUGGUGACGAACGGAGGUACGAUGUAAUCGGUAGAAGGAGAUUUUUCCACGAGAGAAAUCGCUCGCAUCAUAAUUUGAAUAUAGCAAGAACGAAGUUAACGACACAAGCACCCGUUUGGUCUCUGCCUAAUUUCAUUGGAGUUACAGCUCAAUAUCCAGCUAUGACGGAUUCUGAUGAAAACAGCAUAUUUGGCAGUUUUACGGCGGACAAUGAAGUUUUCCCGGUUGAAACUAAUUACAUCUUUAGACCACCUGAACCACAGCAAAGUACUACUCCCAGGCUAAAACGAGGAGAUGAGAGUGAAGAGCAAGGGUUCACUACGAUCAUUACGACCGAGUCGUAUGCUCCAAUGACAACCACUGAAGAAGACGACUGGCUAACGCAUCCCCCGGACGUGGGAAAUAGAACGAUAGAAUAUGAAACUGAGACAUACUAUGACUACGGGACCUCAGGCGAAUACAUGGGACCGCGCGGUUACCCUGGCCCACCAGGACCGCAAGGGCCGCGUGGACCCAAAGGCGAGCCGGGCAAACCCGGAGCGGAGGGUCAACAAGGUUUUCCGGGGGCUCCAGGAAAUGUAUUCGUUGUUCCCUUACACCAGAAUGGAAAUGAAAAAGGACCAGACGCGCAAGCGGAAGCAUUACGACAAAUGUUCACCCAGCACAUGGCUGCGAUGAGAGGUGCCGAUGGACCAAUGGGUUUAACUGGCCCUAUAGGAUCCGAGGGCGAAAUUGGACCUGAAGGACCAAAAGGAGAACAGGGAGAACAAGGAGAACCGGGUCCACCUGGCCCCCGCGGUAUUCAAGGGCCACCAGGACGUCUAGGACGCAGAGGACAUGCAGGAAGAGAUGGGGAGCGUGGAUCUCCAGGUCUACAAGGAAUUAAAGGAGAACCAGGUUAUCCCGGGCUUCCCGGAAUGCCUGGAGAUAAAGGCGAAAGAGGAACGCCAGGACUACAAGGAGAACCAGGUGCUCCGGGACAAGACGGACCACCGGGCGACGACGGUCCCUCUGGACCACAGGGCCUAAUAGGAGAACUGGGACCAAGAGGUUUUAUGGGACCCAGGGGUUUUCCAGGACUAAUUGGAUAUCCCGGUAUCCCUGGGACUGAAGGUCCUCAAGGUUCAAAAGGGUCAUCGGGUCAACCGGGGCCUCCUGGACCUCAAGGUCCACCAGGACAAAUGGGGACACCAGGCUCUCCGGGACCACAAGGCCCUAUAGGAACUCCUGGAAUUCAGGGUCCACAAGGUAAGCCAGGUAUUUCAGGCUUACCUGGACCUGAAGGAAUGCCGGGGUCUCCAGGCAAUCCAGGACAACAAGGAUCUCCCGGUGAUAUUGGCCCACAAGGAUCACAGGGAAUGACUGGCUUCCCGGGUCCUAGAGGUCUGAAAGGGGAUGAUGGUCCCCGAGGUGUGCAAGGUGACAAGGGUGAUAAAGGUGUCAGAGGUAUUGAUGGUGAAAAAGGAGAAAUGGGACCAAAGGGAGAACGUGGCUUAUCUGGUGAAACAGGUCCACCAGGUAUAGAAGGACCUGAAGGUCAAAAAGGUACUGAAGGCCCAAGAGGAGAAACUGGCCCCAUAGGACCAUCGGGUGAAAAGGGUGCUAUGGGGCCACAAGGGCCACAAGGAUACCCUGGCAGCCAAGGUGAUAAGGGAGAUAAAGGGGCUUCAGGAAGAAGGGGUAGGAGAGGAGCUAAAGGACUUAUGGGCCUAGUUGGACCACAUGGUGAUCGUGGUGAAACGGGACCGAGGGGGUAUAGGGGUCCACAUGGACGCCGAGGUUCAGAUGGGCCGCCCGGUUCUAAGGGAGACACAGGACAACCAGGCCCUCCUGGACCUAUAGGCGAGCGUGGUCCACAGGGCCUAGAAGGUAUUCGUGGAUUCCCUGGAAUAAUGGGUCCGCCAGGACCAGAUGGGAAACCUGGCAUGCCAGGUCCUCCGGGAGAACGUGGACCAACGGGAGCUCCAGGUUCAGUUGGUUUAACUGGCCUACCAGGGCCUGUAGGACCACAAGGUCAAAAUGGGGAGCCAGGACCUUCUGGACCACCAGGAGCACCCGGUAUCCCUGGGUCUCCUGGCGAAUUAGGUGCUCCUGGUGAAAUGGGCAAAGAAGGUGCACCUGGACCACCCGGUCCUGAAGGCAAACCUGGACCCGCAGGCUCGCCAGGUCCCCCAGGUCAUCAUGGAGAAACUGGAAUGCCCGGGCCACAGGGUGUUUCAGGUAGCAAAGGUGAUAUUGGUCCAAUGGGUCCUAUUGGUGUAAGAGGCUAUAAAGGUGAAAGAGGUGAGCCGGGACACGAAGGACCUCAAGGACCGAUUGGUCGUGAAGGAUCACGAGGCGCACCAGGCCCUGGAGGACAAAAGGGAGAAAUCGGAGAACCUGGACCUAUCGGGCCCAUUGGUCGAGACGGCCUGCCUGGUCCCAGGGGGCUAACAGGAGUCCCAGGGCCUGUUGGGCCUCCUGGUGAAGACGGAGACAAAGGAGAAGCCGGACCACCUGGUGAAAAAGGUUUCAAGGGUGCAAACGGCGAACCUGGUCCUCCAGGAUCCGUUGGUAUUCAAGGAUUACGAGGAGAAAUAGGACCAGUUGGAUUGCCUGGAGAUAAAGGUCCUCUGGGGGAAACCGGACCACCUGGUGCGCCAGGUGCUGAUGGUCCAAGAGGACUUCCAGGUCCAGUUGGACUAACUGGACCACAAGGGGAGAAGGGCCAAACAGGCCCAAAGGGUGACACUGGCGAUCCGGGUCAGAUGGGACCGACGGGACCCACGGGUGCCACUGGCCCACUUGGUAGACGAGGACCUAAAGGGUCACCUGGAGAACCAGGACCAAGAGGCGUCGAGGGCCAGCGUGGUGAUAUUGGCGCUCCUGGAAUAACUGGAGCCCCUGGCCCGCAGGGACCUGAAGGAAAAUUGGGACCCCAUGGGCCUGUUGGGCCUAAAGGUGACGACGGUCCACCAGGACAACAAGGUGAAACUGGACCAAAAGGACCUCCAGGAUCAAAUGGUCCUAAAGGCGACAUAGGGCCUACUGGCUUACCCGGCGACCGAGGCGAGCCCGGUCCUCAGGGUGUUAAAGGUGAACCAGGGACUGAUGGUCCAGAAGGAAGCAAUGGACCCCCAGGACCACCUGGGCCAGUGGGACCACCGGGAAAACCUGGUGAAACAGGAUUGCCGGGAAAUCCAGGUUCAGAAGGUGCUGCAGGCUUACAGGGAAAUCCCGGCAUGACAGGGCCAAAAGGAGACGCUGGUCCAAAAGGAGCGCAGGGUGAAACUGGCCCCGUGGGACCUGUGGGACCACCUGGUGAAGUAGGUCAGCGAGGAAUACGAGGACCUCCGGGACCUCUAGGUGAAACUGGUGCCCCUGGAAUGGUAGGACCAAUCGGAGCACCAGGUAAAAUGGGACCUCAAGGACCGCAAGGACCGAAAGGAGAAAAAGGCAACAGGGGGCCGAAAGGCCACGUUGGAGAUACAGGUCCAAUGGGAUUAAAGGGUGAUCAAGGCGAAAUCGGGAAGCAGGGACCGCCUGGUCCCGCUGGACCACCUGGGACAAAAGGAGACAUGGGUCCUGUUGGGCCUCCAGGUCCUAAAGGUGAUACUGGCCCUACUGGAGUACCAGGGCUCGAAGGCGCAAUUGGACCUAAAGGAAACCCUGGCCCUGAAGGGAGACCGGGCUUACCAGGCCCACCCGGUUCACCAGGACCCCCAGGUCCUCCAGCAUCUGCACCUCAAUUGCCAGCUGAAUUGUUCUCAUCAAGAAAACGUAGAAGCGUAAUAAGUGAAUCAGUUGAGAGUGUCACAGAAGACGAAAUGGAAGAGGAAGACGAGAUGGAGUGGGUAAUAGAAGUGAUGUCUGGCGUGGUGUCAGCGCGCGCCGCACUCGAAACCGCCCGGCACCCGCGCGGCACACGCGCCUCGCCCGCGCUCUCGUGCCGCGACCUCCGCUCUACACACCAUAACCUCACCGACGGUUACUACUGGAUAGACGCACGGGGAGGAGACAGACCAAUUCGCGUCUAUUGUAAAGGUCAGCUCACAUGCGUACAUCCUGACAACACUGAGCAAGCUCUUUACACGGCUAGCGACAAACGUCGUUUCUCGCAACUGGAUAAAGGAUACAGGAUAACAUACGACGGCGAGGGAUACGGAGUUAUACAAUUGCGGUUUCUGCGGUUACUUUCCAAUGGAGCAAGACAAAACUUCACAUACAGCUGCGUUAGUACCACCACAGUACAAAGAUCCGAUAUACCUGAAGAAAUCACGAGAUCAAGUAACAUCAAAUUAUUUGGCUACAAUUCCGUCGAAUUUAAGGAACCAAAAGUUAUAAAAGAUAACUGCAAGGAAGGCGUGGGUGAAAUAUCAUUGGAAAUACGAACUUCUAGAAUCGAGAAGCUUCCCAUUAGCGACUUCCAGCCUCCGUCCUUCGGCGACGCCAACCACCAGUUCACAUUUACAGUGGGACCCGUUUGUUUCACAUAAAUCCUCAUUAAUCAUAAGGGUAGCUUUAACAUUAUGUACUUAAGACUGGAACCUUGUAAAUAUUGUAAAUAUAUUUGUGACGACUGC